GGAGUUAUCAUCCUACGCCAACGCCACUCACUCCAUUGUCUUGCCUUUUCCAGGAGGAGUUUCAUUUCGCUUCAAGUUCCGCCCAAGUUAACCAUGAGAUUUCAAGCUCUCCUGGCCCUUUCCUGCUCUGUGGGCGUGGCUCUGGCCUCCCCACCUCAUUCUCUAGCCCCGGAUGUGGGCAACUGGACCGUUGGAGACUGCAUCUUGGCUCAAUUCGCCAUGGAAUUUACCGUGCCCUUCCCGAACUCCUCCAAGUUUUUUGAUAGCCAUGACAAGGCUCCCAAUAGCACCACGUUCAAAUUGGACCUACCCGUGAAUGCGGUGGUGGACAAAUCUCAACGUCAAUGCGGGAACAACACCCAGGUCUUGUCUUUUGAUUGGUCUAGCCCGGCUUUGAACGACUCGGCCGUGAAUUUGUACCGCAAUCUGACGGUGGUUUUUGCCGCCAUGAAUCAGAACGAUUCGGCCGUUCCGGGUUAUGGUGUUCGUCAGAUGUACGGUACGUUUGAGAUGGCCCGAUUCAGUCAAAUGGAUCCCAAGACCAAUGUGACGAUGAAUAUCAGCUCGUACUUGGAUGUGGAUACGGGUUUGUUGGCCAGCGAGCAUUUCAUGUUCAAGGUGCCCGUGGGUCGAUCCUAUUUGUGUUCGGAUAUUGGACAAAUAUCCAUGUAUACGCACCUUCAUUACGAUUUCCCGGAUGAGCCCAAACAAGGCCAGACCUUGAUGAAUACCACCGUGUCGGCUCUUCACGUUCAAGUGGACGCUUUCCGAACCAAAGAAUCGCCCGCCCAAGGAUUCCAGAUUCCUAUGGAUUGCGAUUAUGAGCCCAAUGAUGUGGUCCCGAUUGUGGUCGGAGCCGCUUUGGCCAUUCUGGUGGUGGUGGUUCUCGUGGCUUAUUUGUUGGGCCGUCGUCGCAGCCGUCAACGUGGAUAUCAAAGCGUUUAGAAAAGUGGAGUCUUGAGUGUACAGAUGAUUCUCUAAUGUCAGAUUUGAAUGACCAAACUCGUGUGGGUUCUUAGCCACGCUCACUCAUGUUUGGUCCGCUCUUUUUAAUCUCCCGAAAGGCCCAUACAUUCAGGUAAUUGUUCCUGUUUACCAACCGGAUUGGUUCCUCGGCGAGCUCCGUAGGGCAUAUCCCCGACCAUUUUCCAUAAGUGACUGAUGAACAGAUGGCCUUUUCAGAAAAAAGAUGAAAAACACAAACUCAACCGAUUUUCUCAUUAAAACACCGACCCUAUUCGAAA